UUCAGGAAACAGCUGGCGCUCAGCUGAGCUCCGCAGGCCCCCAAGUGUUUUUAUUGACUGGAGGGGGGUAAUGUUGGCUGCACUGCAUAACAUGACAGAAGGCAGGAAGGUUGGCGUUGUGUUAUUGUUAAGUGAGAUCGACGAGAGAUCGACGCUGGGGUCGAAAGGCGUGUGUGAUUAGGAAACAUUCGCCAUUGUAAUUGCAAGUGCCAAUAGUUACAAUGUUUAGUGGUAAACAUUUGGAUGUGGCAGUUUUCUGAAAGCAAGCUACUCGUUUUUAUUGACAUUUUUCCAAGGCUUCGGUUCCCCAACAGUUACUUUCAUUAUGUCGUCACCGAGUGCUGGGAAGCGACGAAUGGAUACAGAUGUUAUAAAACUCAUAGAGAGUCAACAUGAAGUGACUUUAUUAGGUGGACUAAAUGAAUUUUGUGUGAAAUUUUAUGGCCCCAGGGGCACUCCAUAUGAAGGUGGUAUUUGGAAAGUUCGUGUACAUUUACCAGAACAUUAUCCCUUUAAGUCGCCUUCUAUAGGUUUUAUGAACAAAGUUUAUCAUCCAAAUAUCGAUGAAGUGUCAGGAACGGUGUGCCUGGAUGUUAUAAAUCAAGCUUGGACUGCACUCUAUGAUUUGUCCAAUAUCUUUGAGUCGUUCCUUCCACAGCUGUUGACGUACCCUAAUCCCAUAGAUCCUUUGAAUGGUGAUGCUGCAGCAAUGUAUCUUCAUAAACCUGAAGAUUAUAAAAAGAAAGUCCAAGAGUAUGUGAGAAAGUAUGCCACCGAAGAAGCCCUCCGGGAACAGGAGAACCAAGGUGUCUCCUCGGACAGUGAAUCCUCUAUGUCUGAUUUCAGUGAAGAUGAAGCUCAAGAUAUGGAAUUAUAACAGCGGCUUACUUCAUGGCUGUAAUCUGGUACCUGUAGAUACUUGUGCUGAAGCCUCAAGUGGAGUGCAUUGCAUUCAGUGAAAUCUUUAUUCUCACUUCAUAUUGUGGAGGGUGCACUUGUGAUCGCAAUACUAUUAAUAUUUUGCCAAAUUAUGGACUUAUAUAUAUAUAUAUAAAUAUAUAUUACAUAUAUGUCAAUACAAUUUUGACUUCAUCUAUGCAAUUCAGUCGAACCUGUUGGGAGAAUAUGAAAAGAGAAGAAGUACAUGAAGCAACUAAGGAGCUACAGUAUCAACCUUUGCCUUGUGACAUAAAGAUUUCUAAAACAGGAAACUAGAUGUCAGGUACUAUUAGAAUUUUUCCUCAUUGUAGCGCUGCAAAAUCUUUUUUACAAUAAUGUGUUGAACAGUUCAUGUUAUUGAACUUGACUUCCUUCAGUUGAAUAGUAUUUUUGUAGGUGCGAGUUUUUUUAUUUACAUAAUAACCAAUGGUUCAAUAUACUUAGUCAUAAUGGGCAGUUGAACAUGAAUUACGUAUUAAGAUUGAAUUAUAAUGGGCUGUCUUACGGUACACAGGGCAAAAGUAUUCUCUUUAAGCAUGUAUUGAGAAUCUCAUCAUGCUUCUUUGGUUGUGUUGAAAUGUGCAAAGAUGAGCAAUUGUGUUAUCUGUAUAAUUAAUCAUAUGUAGACUACAUUGUCUCAGAUGAAAACUAAUUUAUUUUGCAGAAAUAUUCAUAUUUAUAUGCAGAUCAUUAAUCUUAUAAACAGACUUCUUUGCCUCAAAUGAAAACUAAUUUAUUUUUCAGAAUUAUUCAUAUUUAUGUUUUAAAACAGUCCAGUAUCUCAUUUGUUUUCAUAGAGAUUUGCUGUCAGAAGAUUGAAGCAUGUUAUGUAUUGAUUUUUAUUAGAAUGUUAUUUUAAUAUCAAUUCUUUUUGUGAUACAUAAUUAUUUGUAUUAUAUCAUUUAAUAAUUACCUUGAGUAUCUAAUGAAUUUUUUUUAGUAAAGUUGGUCUGUUGAUUAUUCAAUUUUUAUUUCAUGGUGCAUAAUUUGUUGAUGAAUUUAAAUAUAACAUGCAUGAUCUUAUGUUUCAUUGAAUGAAAUUAUUCGUAUUAAAUAGAUAUAUUAUCUCCUUGCAUUCACAUAACAUUAGUUUUGAAAGAUGAUGUAGAAUGAUUUGUCAAAGAAUGUUCAAGGCCACAGAAGUGUUUUAAACAGCUUCUCAUGUACGUAUGGUGUAUUAUAUUAUUUACAGAAUUUUAGCACAUCAUUGGUUUGAAUUAACUCUUAAUGAACUUUCCAAUGGUUUUAUAUUUGAUUUUGUACAAGUAGGAUUUGAAGCUGUUGAAGUCAUCUAGUUGGUGUGUGUAUGUGUAUUGCUAUUGGUAAAAGAUCUUCGAAUUAUAUCUAAGAUGCAACUUGUGUACUUGUAGAAUUGCAGCAUUGCUAAGAUGUGGUUGUUGAGUGGUGCAUUAGCAAGUAAUAGAAUGGUGAUCUUGUGGGUUUGCGAUGAUUUUAAUUAACUGUGACCUGUGCUCAGUUGCCUGUUUUGGGAUAAGAGAUUUAGUAGAUAGUGGCAAAAGUUCUUAUAUGAUGGUUAAAUAAUUAUAUUUUUGUAAAAUUAAAAAUUUUCAGAAUCAAUAAUUUUGGCUCAUUGAUUUUUUUUCCAUUAAUAAAACAUUGUUUUUGUGUAUUUAUCUUCAAAUUGAAACUAAAAUAACCAUCAAAUAAGUGGAUCAAUAGAGAAUUUUAUAAGUGAUUUCCAAAAUGAGUUAUUUUUUACGUUUUGUGAUACCUCAUUAGAAUAUAGUUAAUAUUACCACAUUGAAUCAGUCAUAAAAGAGGCAGGUAUACAAUGGCCAAUAUUAACUUUUUAUUACAUUUUAUUGUACCUCAUUAGGAUAUUAUUAACUUUACCAUGAUAUGGAUGGAAUCACAGAGAUGGUAUGCAAUAGUCAAAUUAUGUUCAUCACAUAGUUAUUGUGAUUUUUAUGACGUAUUUUGAAGAUGAACUUAGAACUAGAUAAAAUUAUUCGCUAUGUCAAAUUGUCUUUAUCGUGUACUUCAUGCAAUAGUAAAUUAGUUUGACCACUUGCUUUGCUUCACAUAUUUCUUUUACUGUUUUUGUAGGGAUUCAUUAGUUUGUUUUUGCCUACGUAUUAUGUAAAUAAUUUAGAAUUUGUAUGUUUGUGUGUUUUUUGUUUGGGUUGUUCUUUACUUAGUAGAAGUUUAUAUUGAACCCAUUUUCUGUCAUUUUGUGAAUUGCUUUCUAUUAAUUUUUCUAUUUAUAGAAAUUGUGUAAUUUUUAUCAAUUUUGUGAAUGAGAACUGUGCCUUUGUUUUUGUGUGUAAAUAAAAUUUAAAAAAACUGUUCUUCCUCUUACUCAUCAAUUUUGAAAUGCAUCAUGUAAAAUUUUAAGGGGGAAAUUGUAAUGUCUGUUUAUUCUACUCAUAAUGUUGCUUCAAAUUGCAAAAUGUUUUUAAAGUAUGUCUUUCUUCAAUUCAUAAUUUAAAACUCUUUUUUAUUUUUAUCCUAUUUUGUAAUUAUUAGUUGAAGAGGAACAACAGUAGUAAGAUUUGUCCUGUAAUUAAUAUCACAGUUUUCAUACAAAUUUGUCAAAUUUUGGUACUUUGUCAAGACAGUGCAUUAUAAUGUUAUGAUGUGUCUGUCAUCAAUACAUCUUCACUGUAGAUCAACUUUGUCAAUGUUGCAUUUGAAUGUGUACUGUGAAUUUUAUCGGGCUUUCUUGCAUGCUGUACCAAAGGAAAAGAAGUGUUAUCGUCCAGCCCAUGAACCUUUCUGUUUGCUACAUUUUUUAUAAUGUCAGUGAAUAACAUUAGUUUUCUGUUCAGACAUGAUAAACUUCUCUUAGCUCAAUAAGCUUGGGUAACUCAGCAUUAGUCAACAUUCUAAGCAAGAUAAUGGCCAUGCCUAUAUGUACAUAUUUGUCCUAAAGAUUGUUCAUUUAACUGUGCUGGCACAUAACUAGCUAAUAGGUACAAGUAAUUCCUUUCUGAAUAUCAAGUGGGACCUAGUGACUUUCAAUAAAUAGAAGAAAUUUUGAAUAUUUUCCUAAAUUUUAUAAUUUCUUAAUUGUAUAAUAGAGCCCAGCUAUGUGGUGUUGGUGUUGGUUUUGAAGUGAAAUAGUAUUGUUGAAGGUAAGAACAAAUGCAUUUUGUUCCCAUUUUUUUAGAAUUCCAAUAUUAUAAAUGUAUGAUUUAUCAUGAGAAAAGUGCUUUCGUAGUCAGUUUUAUUCAAGAGUUGCCCAGUUCUUCUGUUCUCUUUUUAGUGAUUUUUUUUCCCUGUUUUGUGUAACAAAGGGUUGCUCAUCAACACACCAUCAAAAAUGCUUCCCCAUGCAUUUUUAUUGAAUUGUAAUAUAUACUCAUUAAUAGAAUUAGUUUCAUAUAUCUGUUUGUUGUUAUUUUCUGCUGCAGUCUUGACAUAAUAUAAAUUGUUUUAUGCUUGGUUGAAUGUACUGGACUUGCUGAUCAUUUAUUUUAGGCAUUAAAUUUUUCAGUACAUAUUUGAGCUUUGUGAGUAGGUAAAUAAUAUGUGCUAAAAGGAAAACAAAACAAUUUUUUAGAACUACUUAGCUCACAUACUUAACAGUUUAGUAAAAUAUAAAGUUAUUUCAAACUUAACUUCUGUACAUCUAAUGAUGUUUACCUUAAAAAUCUCGAUAGUGCUUUUGUGUUUUCUUCUUUUGUAUUAGUUUGGAAACAAAAACAAAAAAAAAAAACACCUUAAAUUUGGUGAACACAGAUGGUAGAUAUUCCCAAAACACAACGGAGUGAGUGUUAAAAGAUCAAAAUUAUGGAAAAUACUUUUUCUCAAAAAAUUACAUUGAAUGCAAGUCGCACCAAAUUACAUUGGUUAUUUGGGCUUUGCAUUAUUGCAAAGUAAUAAGUAUAAGAAAAUUUAACGAAAUCGAACUAUCAAUUAUUGUUUUGGGUUUAGAUUUUUUGUCUAAACCUUUUGACUCACACGUUAAACUAAUGCUUUAUAUUGUACAUUUAAUUUUUCACAUGAGCCUCCAUCUUGAGACUUGUGCAAAUAUUGUUUUGUACAGUGUUAGAUUUGCAGUUAUGUUAUUUGCAAUUAUUGUCAUUAAUAAUAAUUGUUUUAUAUAUAUAUGUAUGUUAUUCAGUUAUAAACAAGAAUUUUCACCUUAAAAACAUACUUAACAAACUAAUGUGUACAAUUCUAAAUAGAUAUUUUUACUACAGUAUAUUUAAAAUUUUAUGUUGCUAUGUCUAUUUACUUUGAUUUGUGAAAUUACUAGUUCACAUUUCUCAUUAUUGGCACAUGGUUCUGUGGAACUUUUACCAAGAAACUUUAUUUAUUAUAAAUCAUCUGGGAAUUUUAUGUUUACUAAAUGGUAUUUAUGUGUUAGUUUUAAAAAAGAAUUCUCCUUGGAUAGUAAUGAACGGUUUAGUUCAUUCCAUUUGUUGAGAAAUGUGUGAAAGGAGUUUCACUAAUUAAUUUUUCCUGACCUAUUUCCUUUGUUCACACCUAAAUUAAUUUAAUCAAAGAGUGGUUCGUACCCUGUGAUUUAACUCAAAGUUUAGAUUGUGAUUUCAAAGUUUGUCAUCACUGUGUAAAUUGAUUCAUGAAUCUGGUACAAAAGCCAGUGUACCAAUUCCCUAAUAACACUUUAUGCAGUAGCAUAUCUAUGCACCAAUACUUAAAACUGCCAGAAAUAGAGCCUUGUCAUUAGAAAUAAUGCAAUAUAAUAAUCAUUAUCUAAGUAGGGACCUUGUAAGUAUGUAAUUGUAAAUAGUGGUCCUAUGUUAAAAAUUAAAUUUUUUAUGCAUAAUAAGUUUUUGUACUUAUAAAUUUAAUUUCAGACAUAAGUUAAUAUAUUUUUCUUGCUGUUGUGUGUUGUAUAAUAUCGUGGUAAUAAAUUUCUAUAUAAUAACAAUGUUCCAAUCCCUACACUGUAUAAAUGUACAUUUUAGUUUUCGUAUUGAGAGAAGAACCAUGGUUUCAUGAGAUUUAAAUUAUGCAAAUAUCUAUAAAAGAGAAUUAAUCAACUCCAGUUCAUGUUUAUUUUUACAAUAUUUUUGCUACAUAAGUAGUGCUACGUAUGUGUCAAUGAUAAUCUGAAGUGUUUUAUAAUGUUUAAUUCAGCCCAUUUUAGUUCAAUGAAAUCAAUACAAAUAUUGACGUCUGUUAACUGUCUAUUUUUUACAGAGUUUAAGUUCAUGGCAGUAGUUUUAUCAGAUAUGGUCCAUUAAGAAAUUAUAUAUAUGUAUAUAUAGACUUCAGAGAGAAUUGAAAAGUGAGAAGUCAUAUUAAAGAAGAUUUUUAGUAUUUUCUGUUGGAAGGGGUGGAUGGUAAACAUUUUUUCGAAUUUCAGGCUAUAACUUUGGAGAAUAUUUCAUAUCCAAGAAAAAGUGAGGAGUAGAAUGUUGUAUUAAGCCUUGAAAGGAGUGCUAAUUCAUUGUAUUGCCAUAUGUCCAACUUUAACUUUUGGAAUUAGAAAUUUUCAACUGUGUUCAGCAAAUCAGUUUUGAUGUAAACACAUAUAUAGCACCUUAAAUACUAUUACAUGUGAUUUCCUUUUUAAUCAGCAUUGGUUGUUGUUGUAAAUCAAUUAUGAACUCUUGUCUGAACCGUUUUGACUGUUAUCUAUGAAGGGAAGUGUGGAAUUUUCUUUUUUGCUUACAUUUCUUAAGUUUAUUUUUUGUUAUUCUUGAAUGUUCUCACAUAAUUUGUUUAGUUGCAUUGUGAGUAUUUUCAAGGCACCAAACCAUUU